GAACAUUACAGAGAGAGGAAUUCAAAACAACUGGGGUUGGUGUUAAGUGGGUUUUGCUUUACAAAAUAAAUAUCUAUAUUACUAGUGUUAUUUGGGAGUCGGCAUAUCUGUGGUGAAGAGCUCCGGUCUUAUUGGAACAUGAAUGUAAACCAAGGUACCGUCGGCAGCGACCCGGUUAUCCUGGCCACAGCCGGCUACGACCACACGGUGCGGUUCUGGCAGGCCCACAGCGGCAUCUGUACACGAACCGUCCAGCACCAGGACUCGCAGGUGAAUGCCCUGGAGGUGACCCCUGAACGCAGCAUGAUUGCUGCAGCAGGCUACCAGCACAUUCGCAUGUACGACCUGAACUCCAAUAACCCAAACCCCGUGAUUAACUACGAUGGUGUCAGUAAGAACAUCACCUCGGUGGGCUUCCAUGAAGAUGGGCGCUGGAUGUACACAGGGGGGGAGGACUGCAUGGCACGCAUCUGGGACUUAAGGUCACGUAACCUGCAGUGCCAAAGAAUUUUCCAGGUCAAUGCUCCGAUUAACUGUGUCUGCCUGCACCCUAAUCAGGCAGAACUCAUAGUUGGAGACCAGAGCGGAGUGAUCCACAUCUGGGAUCUGAAAACGGACCAAAACGAGCAGCUUAUCCCGGAGCCCGAAGUGUCGGUCAACUCCGUCCACAUCGAUCCCGAUGCCAGCUACAUGGCAGCAGUCAACAGCUCGGGAAACUGCUACGUGUGGAACCUGACGGGGGGCAUCGGAGAGGAGGCUACGCAGCUCAUUCCCAAGACCAAGAUCCCGGCCCACAAGCGCUACUCCCUGCGGUGCAAGUUCAGCCCUGACUCCACGCUGCUAGCCACCUGCUCUGCAGACCAGACCUGUAAGAUCUGGAGGACCUCCAACUUCUCUCUGAUGACAGAGCUCAGCAUCAAGAGCAACAACCCUGGAGAGACAUCCCGGGGCUGGAUGUGGGACUGCGCCUUCUCUGGAGACUCCCAGUACAUUGUCACAGCCUCCUCGGAUAACCUGGCACGGCUGUGGUGUGUGGAGACUGGGGAGAUCAAGCGGGAGUAUAGCGGGCACCAGAAAGCAGUGGUGUGCCUGGCAUUCAAUGACAGUGUGCUGGGCUGAAGAUAGACGCAUCCAUUCAGACCAGUCUUGGCAGAGAGGGUUGGCCCAAGCAUAUAUAUGAGCAUGUGCAGUGCAGAACCAGGUCUUCAGAACAUAAGAUCUUAUUCAAAAUUGUUGUGGUAAGAGGGUGACUCCUCUUGUAAAAUAGACCUGGGUACCUGGUUCUCUCUUCAUUCCAACGGAGGUUGAUACAGAAUUGCACCCCCACCUCUGAACCAGUGACCCUCCAUUGCGGCCCGUACUCUUAACCAAUGAGCCUGAGUUACUCCCCCAACUUUUAGCCAGUUAGCCUGAUUUGCGCCCCCAACUCUUAACCAGUGAGCCCAAAUUGCACCUCCCAACUCUGGACCAGUGAGACUGCAUUGCACCCCAACUCUGAACCAGUGAGCCUGCAUUGCACCUCCCAACUCUGGACCAGUGAGACUGCAUUGCGCCCCAACUGUGAACCAGUAAGCCUGCAGUGCACCUCCCAACUCUGGACCAGUGAGACUGCAUUGCGCCCCAACUCUGAACCAGUGAGCCCGAAUUGCACCUCCCAACUCUGGACCAGUGAGACUGCAUUGCGCCCCAACUCUGGCCCAGUGAGACUGCAUUGCGCCUCCCAACUCUGAACCAGUGAGCCUGCACUUGUGAUCAGCAGCUGUUUGCAGGAAGAACAGAAGAGUAACAUUAGAAACUAUAAUUUGUUUAGCCUUAAUUGAAAGGUAAUUGUCAUUUUACUGUAACAUUUUACUGGACUGUCCAAUACAAUGCCAUACAUCUCUGAUAAUAGCUCUAUAUCAGUGUUUCACAUUAGAGAUAUGUCAGUUUAUAGUCAGCUAGUGUGCAUUGGUUGCUGUGGAAUGGAAUUGGUGAAUCCUUUAAUGAUGAUCUUUCAAAAUGUAUUUAUUCCACAUAUUUGUGACAAAGAUGGCAUUUUAAACUGAGAGUUACUACAGGGUUACUUUACUUCCUUAAAAAUACAAAAAUGUAUUACCUUUACAUCCGUUUCUUUAAAUGAAUGUUGUUUUCACCAAACUAUUGAAACAUGUUGACCUGUAAUAAUUCAAUUAAUGAAAUUUAGAACAAGUGUCUUUGAA